GUUCGCGGUUUCUGAAAGUUGUGGCGUCAAUAUGGGCCGAAAAUCCGUUGACCGGAAAAAGCUGCUAACAGCAGCAAACAAAGAAAAUUUAAAGUUUUUGGACGAAGCUGAGAUGCCGACUUCGUCGGGUUCCCGCAAAAUCAAGAAAGAGGGCCUAGAAAGAGCGGUUUCUGAUAAGAAAACCAAACGUUCUAUCAAAAAUCAGCCGAUAAAAAAACGCGCCAUUGACAAUAUCCUGGUGGACUGGGAUGAUGAACGACAAAUCUUCUGGAACAAAUCUUCUGGGAAACCAUUGCCCAGCGUAGCAAGUGCUGAAAAUGAUAAAAACGAUACGGGAGUCAAGCCAGUUUCUCCAAUCCGUGUACGCACCACGGAAAUGAACGAUUAUGGGGUUUUUGGAACAAUGCCCUUCGAGGCCGAUUCGGAUUCCGAAAUAAUGAUGGUGACCAAAUCGGACAACCAUCCUACUUACCCUUCAAAAUCAAAAGAUAUUCCUCUGGAAGGAACGGAAACGCUCGACAGUCUUAUUGAGGAGCCUGAAGGGCCAACAUGCGUGUGUGGUCAACAAUUGGCUAUCGAUGAGCUGUUGGCCAAAAACCAACGUAUGAUCGAGCAAAUCAGCAAAUUAAAAGCUGAGAAUAAACUAUCUCUGCAGAGGUGUCUGACCUUAACAGACUCGCUGAACUCAAAAAUUUUGGGACAAGCUACAGAAGUCUUUACUGAGAUCGAAGGGUUCGAAACCAUAGACAGCCUCAAGAAAAUAUCGCAGGCAGCAAUGACAGCCAAAAGCGAUUUCAUAUUCGUGAAACUGCUGAUGUUCAGAUUAUGGCCGGACGGUCUUAAGAACUAUUCCAAAUCGGGGAGGAGCUCCAAUAACCCGCAUGGAAGGCCACGCAAAGACGGCAAGGCCAGGCAGGCUCGAAGCUCCCGCGAAGAACGCCGUAUUCUCGACCCGGAAAAGAUAACGUAUCUUGAAGAACGCUUUUAUGAACAUCGAUUAUUUCAGGGCGAUAGUCCGGCAGUGGCCCGAUCGGGAACCUCCGAAUGCGGGGCUUUGAUAAAUCGCGUUCUGGCGUAUUAUGCCAGAGAUAAGUAAAAUUAGAAAGAACGUUUAAAUUUAUAUUCAUUUAUAA